AAAAAAAGAGAAAACAGCUUUCUUCAAUUUUCUCUUCUUAUUACCGGUUUUCUUACUUUCAAGUUGACGCUAAUUUUUCUUGUUGGGAGAUUUGGUCCCCUUUGAACCUUCCGAUUCUUACAUAUUUCCCUAAUUUUGAGGGGUCUGUUCAGCUCUGGGAGCUGCGUGUUAAGGGUUUUUGGAAGCUUUUUUUUUUUUUUUGUAAAUGUGGGGCUCUGGAGAACCUGCUGAUUCUUACUACGCUGUCCGGCCUGAGUGCACGGAUGUUGCGAAAAGCCGAUUCAAAAUCAGGGCUGGUAAAACAUUAAGUGCAAGAAAAUGGCAGACUGCUUUUUCUCCAGAAGGGCAUCUAGAUAUAGGCAAGACUCUAAGUCGAAUCCAGCGUGGGGGGAUCCAUCCAUCGAUUAGAGGAGAAGUUUGGGAAAUUUUACUCAGUUGUUAUGAUCCAAAGAGUACAUUUGACGAACGAGAACAGAUACGCCAGCGUAGAAGGACACAAUAUGCUAGGUGGAAGGAAGAGUGCUGUGAAAUAUUUCCUGUCGUUGGAAGUGGCCGGUUUAUUACAGCAGCUGUUAUCACUGAAGAUGGUCAGCCCAUUCAGCAUCCAUUAGUAAUUUUAGAGACAAAUCAAGACAAAGGCUCAGCUUUACCUUCUGAAGAUGGUAAUUCUGCUGAUUCAUCAGAUGCAGAAGCCAUUGCUACUACUUCAGAAAUUAUCAAAAAGCUCAUUAAUCGCGGUCCUUUGGACAAGAAAGUAAUCCAGUGGUUGCUUACUUUACAUCAAAUAGGUCUAGAUGUAGUUCGAACUGACAGGACAUUGGUUUUCUAUGAGAAGCAAGAAAACUUGUCAAAACUUUGGGAUAUUCUUGCUGUUUAUGCCUGGAUUGAUACAGAUGUUGGCUACUGUCAAGGGAUGAGUGACCUUUGUUCCCCCAUGAUAAUGCUUCUUGAAGAUGAAGCAGAUGCAUUUUGGUGCUUUGAACGUUUGAUGCGUAGAUUGCGAGGAAAUUUCAGAUGCACUGACAGCUCUGUUGGGGUGGAGACACAACUUAGUAGUUUAGCUGCAAUUACUCAAGUUAUUGAUCCAAAACUACAUCAGCAUUUAGAUGCACUUGGUGGAGGUGAUUAUUUAUUUGCCUUUAGGAUGCUUAUGGUUUUAUUCCGCCGAGAAUUCUCUUUUUGUGACUCACUCUACCUCUGGGAGAUGAUGUGGGCCCUUGAAUACGACCCUGACUUGUUCGAUAUGUAUGAAGAAUCUGAAUCAGCUAGUAACAAAGCUGAGGGAUCUAAAGGAAGAGCCAAGUCAUUGCGCCAUUAUGGGAAAUUUGAGAGGGAAAACAUGAAAAAUGGGGCAGGAAAUUCAGAAGCCCCACUUCCCAUCUCUGUUUUCCUUGUUGCCAGUGUCUUGAAAAAUAAGAGCGCAAAACUGUUGACAGAAGCUCGGGGCUUGGAUGAUGUUGUUAAGAUACUGAAUGACAUGACUGGAAAUUUAGAUGCCAAAAAAGCAUGCAGCAGCGCAAUGAAACUUCACAAGAAAUAUUUAAAAAAGGCCAAGAAGACGUAGUAUAUGAUGAAAGACAUGAUUUUUUUUUUUUUGCUGUGGUCGGGAAAAAUAGGAUGCUGGUGCAUUCUGUAUCUUGAUUUGGCUAGUGAUGAUAACUUUAGUUCCACAAAAAUCUUUGCUUGGAGAUUACAGAAUUGUACAAUCCGUUAAACCUGCAAAAUGGUGCUAUAGAAAGGAAAUUGUUGCAUGUGAAAAUAAAUCUAUUCCUCAUUGGUUGUGAAUCAAAAUUAAACAUCCUUAUUCUUUGGGAGUUCCUACACAAUUCCAUGUUGUAUUACAUGUGUUCUUGUUUACAAUCAUCCAAUGAAAUAGAAAGAAAAAUAUUUUGCUUGUUUUGUAUCAA